AUGUCAUUUGAUAUCGGACGCUCGAGAGUACACUUGCAGACACUGGACUUUGAUCUGCCAGCACCUAGAGAAGGCGGUUAUACUACGGAACUUCUUGAACUCUUGCCUCAUGCAGAAAACCUCAACCCUGACAAGAGCGUAGAUGUGGUGGAUCUCAAGAGUUCUCUUGCGACCAUCGUUGAGCGGAAUCACUCUGCGCCGCCAUCAAUCCUUGCUCAGUGCAAUCUUACGUUAUUGCUGUGCCGCCGCUUAAGAACACUCAACUUUCACUUCCAAGGCCACCUUCUCAGUCAGGUAUUGACAGUUACUGCAAGAGGCAUUCAAGCUGCUCAAGACUUGUUGGAUGACUGUGCCCCGUGGCACCAUGUAGUAAACGUCCCGUUCCAGAUUAUCUGCAUCUUGCUCGCACUGGAUACACCAGCUGCAAUUGCACAACUGAAUGAUGGUAUCAGGACUUUGAGCAACAUCCGGCUCGUUUAUCCGACUGAUGCUGCAAAGGAAGCGCUCAGUACAGCUUGCCUACUCAUCCACUUACACAGAAAACGCAAGGAAACCGAUCUCAAGACUCUCUCGGAAAUUGUAACGACGUAUUCACCCGCGGGUUUGUUUGACCAGCAAUUUCCAUCACAGCCUCAGACUAUCAAUGAUUGGGGUAGCACUUGGCUUGAAACCUUGCCCGAGAUGCCCGAUCUUCAGACCUUUGAUAUCGAUCGUUUCUUGAAUGGCAGCAGUGAAUGGAUCGAGCUCUGCUCUCGAGCUCUCAUCAACAGGGCUCAGAACGUCACACUCCGCGACCCGACUGAGUUACAUCCUAGCAUGGCUACAUUAUUGAAGAAGACAUAUCCAUGGAUCAAGCUUCCGCUCAUCGUAUCAGCGCCAAUGCUGAACGCUGCUACUCCAGCCCUAGCAGCUUCAGUCAGCCAAGCUGGUGGUAUUGGUUUUCUAGCCGGCGGCACUAAGCCUGCCGAGCUUGAUGAGAUGUUGUCGAAAACCUCAGCCUUGAUCCCGUCCAAAUCACAUUUUGGGAACGACAUGUUGCCCAUCGGUGUUGGCUUCCAGAACUGGGGUUGUAGUUUGGAUGCCAUGUUGCCGAUUUUUCGAAAGCACUGCGUUGCUGCUAUCUGGCUGUUUGCUCCAAAGCAGCUAGCAGACUUUGUCCCUUGGGCUCAGGAGAUUCGUAGUGUGAGCGGAGGACGAACACAAGUCUGGAUUCAAGUUGGAACGGUAUCUGAGGCACUGGAAGUGAUGAGAUUGGCUCAUCCCGAUGUCAUUGUCGUACAGGGUACAGACGCGGGUGGUCAUGGUCUUCGCCAGUCCGCCAGUAUCAUAUCACUUCUACCGGAGACCAAGGAUGCACUCACAGCUGCUGGCUACCCUCAGGUCCCAGUACUGGCAGCUGGUGGAAUUGUGGAAUCUCGAGGUGUUGCUGCUGCGCUCACUUUGGGUGCUGAUGGCGUGGUCAUGGGAACGAGAUUCCUUGCUGCAAAGGAAGCUGGCAUCGCGGAAGGCUGGCAAAACGAGAUUAUCCGUGUCAAAGAUGGCGGUACCACGACCAAGCGAUCAACUCUUUGCGAUCGUCUAAAAGAAACAGUUGGGUGGCCGGAACAUUACGAUGGAAGAGCCAUCAUCAACAAAGGACAUUUGGAUGAGGAAGCAGGCUUGUCUGAUGCAGAGGAUGUACGCUUGUACAAAGAGGAGCUAAAGUGUGGUGACGAGGCUUUCGGUGACCACGGGAGAAUGGUGACAUAUGCUGGUACUGGGGUCGGGCUGAUCAAGGAAGCCAAAUCUGCCGCUGAGAUCGUCAACGAGACAUCUACCGGUGCUUUGCGGAUACUUCAACACUCUGCGGCUGUCAUAAGCUCUAGGCUUUGA